GGUUCCCGGUCCCGGCGCCGCCACUAUGUCGUCGAUGAUGAACGCGCUGUCAAACUGGCUGGUGAACCCGCGCCGCAACCCGCUCGCGCGCCUCCACAUGCACACCGUCUCCUCGCGCCUCAGGAAAUACGGGCUGAGGUACGAUGACCUGUACGACCCCUACUUCGACCUGGACAUCAAGGAGGCGCUCGGGAGGCUGCCUAGGGAGGUGGUCGACGCCCGCAUCCAGCGCCUCAAGCGCGCCAUGGACCUCUCCAUGAAGCAUCAGUACCUCCCCGAGGACCUCCAGGCACAGCAGGUCCCAUUCAGAGGAUAUUUGAGUGACAUGUUGGCUCUGGUAAGAAUCUUUUUACUUCAUUCCAUUGGCAUUUCAUAUGCCUUUGAAUUAGAGUCACUCCAUUCCCCUUUUUUUAAUGCGUGCAAGGGACCUAAUCUACAUGAUAUGAAUUAUGCUUAGGAGUGUACUGCCUAUCAAUCGUUGCUAGAUUUAAUAUGGGUACAACGGACAAGUUUACAGCAUUGUUAGUUAGCAUUUAAGUAGGGAUAGACAUGGAAGAGUCAGGGAAAAUGUGCAUUGCUGUAUAUUUUGGACUGAGUAUUAAGCCAUUGUAUCAGGUAGGUCAUUAAUCACUAUUACCAUAUCAUGUGGCAUCUAAUUAUGAAGUUUGUCUCAGCCUAUAUAUCAUGCCUUGUUCUUGUGUUGCUCCAUGGACUUCACUUCUCUCUUACUGUUAUUUCUCUAGGGUUUCACUUCUUUUCAUGUUCACUAUCAUAUUGAUGCCUUUUUUACUUUUGCAAACCAAUAUUCAGUGAAAGACAGAGAUCGUAGCUUCUAAAAAUGCUUAGACAACUUAUAUAUGGUGUGCUUCUAAUAUUAUUUGUAAAUAACAUUGCAACUUAACAUGAUUUAUUUUUGUGAUUCUAGUAGUAGAAUUUUAACUGCAGACAUGUGAUUGGAUGGAGAUAAUUGGAUUUUUGCCACUCACAAUGUUGUCUUCUUGUUAUAAUUAUCACUGUGUCUAUGAAUUGUGGGUUCAGCUGGGUCUAUGAAAUGUGGGUCUGAUGACAAUUUUAUAAACAUGUUUAUUGCUGAUGGCAAAUAUCAAAAUCUCUCGAUUGGAUGUGUCACUCCUUAAGGAACUCCUUAGCUCAAGCUGCUGAUUAGCACUAGAGAUGGCAAUAGAGAUGGCAACGGAUAAAUACCUUAUGGGUAUUGUCAUCCCAUACUGGUAUCCAAGAAUAAAACUUGUGCUUGCAGUUGGGUACAAAAUCAUGUUCGUAUUCGUGUCCAUGAUGCAGAUAACAGGUACUCUUGGGUUGCCCGUGCCCGACAUUUCAUAAUAGAUUCUUUAUUACUAGACACAUACGAUUCUAAUUAUUCAAUAUCUAAUUAUUCAAUAGAUUAAACCAGGAAUAAGACAAUAGAUAAGCAAAUUAUAUAUGGCCACAAUACAAGUAAGUUGAAGUUAAAACUCCAUAGUUCACUAGCAUAUCACAAUCACAAGUUCACUGCCUAAUCAUAUUACUAGCAAGUUAGGAUUUAAGAGGCACACAAUAUAAUUGAGCCGGGUAUAUUUUACCCACGGGUUUGCGAGUUCUUGGUAGCAUAAGAACGUAUCCGUACCCGCAAACCCGACGAGUACGACUUUGUUCCCAUUAAUAAACCAAUGGGUAAGCAAAUUAACCUUUAUCCAAGCCCUGGUAGAGUAAAACUCGUCGGGUUUCAGGCAACGGGUACUUAUUGCCAUCUCUAAUUAGCACUAUGCUGCAAAGUUCUUUCCCAUUUUUAUUUUGCCUGAAUUCAUAUGAGAAGUGGCUUUUGUUUGACACCUGGCAUUUCUUGCAGGUGAAAAAGGAAAACGCUGAGCGUGAAGCACUGGGAGCCCUUCCACUCUACCAGAGAACGCUUCCCUAAAUCGCUGGCUAAACAUGGUUGCAAGUCUUCUCUUUACGGCAAAUCAGAAUGCAUGCAAUAAAAUGCAGUGGGUGUUUUUUUUGGUUCCAACCAAAGUUACAUUUUACUUGUCCACGCAGUGGUGCAUUGACCAUGCGCUCUACCUGUUUUUUUUUCUUCCGAUUAAUGGGAGCAAAUUAUUGUAACACUAUAAUUAACUUGUGAAUCUUCAGCUGCGGGUGGCUGACGUAGUGUUCUUUGAUCGUGAUUUUUUGUAUCCAUUGAGCUUUUUUUCGAGGUUGACACUGGCUCUACGGCCUUGUAUUAAGAACUAGCUCAGUUGAAUGACGAGAUGCUGCAGCUAGUGCAACAUUUUUUUUAAAGUUUGAG